AUGUUGUCCGAUGAAGCCAAGGCGUUCCACUAUGCUGUGUUCUCGGCUGUGAGCCAGAUUCCUGAAGGAAGAGUGACCAGCUAUGGGCACAUUGCUUACUUGGUGGGAAAACCGCAAAAUGCUCGCCAGGUGGGCUCGUCGAUGAAAAAUUACCAAACUAUAAACGCGGUUUUGUUACGGGAUGGCGUAUCUUUUGAGCAAUUACCGUGGUGGCGGGUCAUCGCAAGCUCAGGCCAGAUUGCCAAGAGAGAAGGCGAGCUCGAGCAGAAACGUCGCUUGCUUUUAGAAAAAGUGGAGGUGAACGGCAUGUCCGUCAGCAUGUCUGUCUAUGGUUGGUUUCCUGACGAUGUAAGUAUAUAG